AGCCUGGAGGAGCGCGAACGCAAGCACGCGGUGCACAAGGAGCAGCUGUCUCGCGAGCAGAGGUUCCUCAGGCGUCGGCUGGAGCAGCUGACGAACCAGACGGGCCUGCACGGGUUGCACGGCCUCCACGGCCUCCAUGGGUUAAGCUCGAGCGCCCCGACCGGCUCCUCCUGUGGUCCUGGAGCAGCCGCCGCCGCCGCCGCCGCGGCCCUACUCUCAAAACGGCGCAGCGUGUCCGAGUGCUCACUCGGCACUGCCUCGUCCACCAGCUCCACGGCCAGCUCCAGGAACUCCGACAGGUCUGCAGGCAGUCCCUCCGUCUCGGAGUCUGCUUUCUAUGAAGUAGACGUGAUCGGUUACACGAGCAAUCAAUCGGACACCGAUGAUCACAGCAGUGUGCAAAGCAGCAGCGACAGUGGUGUCGCAAUGUCCACCUCCAGGCUGACUCUUUCCGAAAUGAUGGACAAUCUUUAGGUAUAUAUAUAUAUAUUUUUAUUG